AUGUUUGAUUCUGUUGACUUGCAGGAAUAUUCUGUUGAUAAUGGGACACUUAGAAAACGCUUUACUAAGCAAGAAGACCAAUUAAUUCAAUAUCUUUAUGAGAAGAAAGGAAUUAAAAGUUGGGUUGAGAUAGGAAGAAGAGUUCCCGGUCGUACAGCACGCCAAUGCCGUGAUCGCUACAAGAAUUAUUUAUUUAAAGGACUUGUAAAGAGGCCAUGGACUCCAGAAGAAGAUCAACUAAUUAUUGCAAAAUAUAAGAUAUUUGGAGCACAUUGGGUCAAGAUUUCUCAAUUUCUCAAUGGAAGAUCUGGCAAUAAUGUCAAGAACAGAUGGCAUAAAUAUCUUUGUAAAAACUUCCCAAAAUAUGACUCAACAAGCCAAUCAGCUGAAGAAAGCCAACAUGAACCAAUUCAAGAGUCUAUUCAUGAAGUCCCUGCUGAAAAUACCCAAAAGGAAGCCAAGUUUUACCAAAAGAUUACCUUCCCUGAGAUUUUAACAUCUAGACCAUGGGAAAUUAUCCUUCCUCAUGAAGUAAGUCAUUAUAUGACUGUUGCUUGA